AUGGUCGUCGAUCGCCUCUUAUCCACGCUGCUGCGCUCGCUCCAGACAUACACAGAUCAGCAAGACACGCCGCGGCUACUGGGAACCGCGUCUUCACUCCUCACCACACUCGGCAACCCCCACAAUCUCAGCCUCCUUACUUCGCAUCUUCUUACCGCGCCCGCGCUAUGGGACCGUCCCGAUGGCGUUCGGACGCCUCUCCGCAUGCUCUCCGUCUUUCACUCGGCCGUCACCACCGUCAUCAACCAUCACAACGACGUUCGGCACAACAAAGCAGCUAAGCUUGCGCCAGGACAGACGCCAAUAGGAGGAGGCCUUUCGCUAGACGAAUGGAUACGCGCCAUAGUCGCCGGAGCCGACGACCGGAGCCGCCGAUGGAAGCACUUGGUCGUCCUCGCCGGUCUGCUGAUCGGUAUCGGCAGCCUCGAAGAGCAAGGCAUGGACUUGUACUGGGCGUCAGCUAUGCGAAAGAGAGUCGAGGCUGCAUUGGUGCGCGCGACAAAUCUCGCCUUGGUGGAAGUCAGGGAGCGUUCCGAGGCAGACGGAUUGGGAGGCCAGACCAUAACACUGACGCUCAACCAUGCCUUCGGAUGCAUCGGAGACGUGGAAAGGACACAGCUUGAUUACGAUCUGCUGCUUCCAGUCCUCAUUGGAACGGCAUACUACUCGAACGAAGGCUUCCAGUCUGCCUACUUCCUUGGGAGCCUGGAUCUCGACGUACGAACAAUGCAAUCAGGGAAGCUGGACUGGAGUCCACACUCUAGCUCUUACAGACAAGUCGAAAGUAUCAUGAAUAGGCCCUUGGUAUCAUCUAUGGGUCCUCUAUCACGGCUAAUCGCGCAUGCUGUCGAGAACGUCAAGAACCCAUGGAUCAUCCAAACAAUGAUGGACGACCUCGCAAGCUUUUCUCGCGCUCUUACUACACAAUGGCGACAGACCAAGUUUUCAGACAUCGAGCCGUCCGAGGAGGCAGCAAACCUGGAAGACGACGCGCUUCACAGGACAACUCCGCAGUUGUGGAACCUACUCAAGGCGGCUCUCUUUGCUACUACUAUCAUUCUGCGAGGCGUAUUCACACGAACACUAGCCGACAGAGCGCUCGCCGCAGACGCCAUCGCUCCCAUGUUAGCAUCACAAGCCCUACAAACCCUGCGGCACCUAUACUUCAUCACAUCUCGACUCGGCCCAGCGUCCUUUUCCCAGCAUACAUUUGUCUAUCUUACAGCGAUAGACAUUCUCUCCGCCUACCCCAACCACGCCGACAAGCUUCUUAAAACUAUUGCGCCUCAGCACCUUGGCCAAAUACCAAGCCACCCACUUGAUCGCAUACUGGACCUCUACUUUCUCAAUACAGCAGAACACUUCACUCUGAUAUUGUCGCCAGCCACGAACGAGGACUUGCUUGUCGCUUCGGCGGUACCUUACCUUGCGGCUGGCGAGAACCGUCACAUGCUGCCAGUGUUCGAAGCUGCCCAUAGUGUCAUGCUUGCUGUGCUAUCUGCUCCACAAUCUGCCGAGAUCACAGCAAAACACCUGCCGUUCUACAUCGACGCUCUGUUCAGUGUUUUCCCUCACAACCUGUCUCCGCGCCAGUUCCGUCUAGCUUUCAAGACCCUGAUGCGUGUCACGGCUCCUCCUUCCACCUUGUCGGCAACGCAUCCCGAUCUCCCGGCCACGCUCCUAGAGCUCGUAUACCAUCGCGCUCUCAACGCUCCUUCGCAGCCACUACCACCCGAUUCGGUCGCUUUGGCUCUACAAGGCUCAGACGCACCACCCCCUGCCCUCUCGGAACAGGCAGUGCUCGCUUUGACCCUCAUAGAUGCCCUGCCUUUCCUUCCUAUAUACCUGCUGGAGGAGUGGCUGCCUCUAUGUGCCGAACUACUCAACCAAAUCCAUGACGAUGAAAUGCGGGAGAAUGUCAAAGCGCGAUACUGGGAAGUGUUGGUCAGCGGCGAGAUGGAUGCAGAGCGUAGUGGUGUUGCUGUGAAUUGGUGGACGACAAGGGGAGGUAGAGAGCGAGUCCUCUACGGAAGAGAAGAACAGGUGGACAUGAUGAGUGGUGCGCUACCUGUUGAAGAGCGACACGUGCGGGAGAGUAAGCUGUAG